AUGGCGCCCUACACACGUCCUCUGUGGUUUGAAUCUUCAUUGACACGGUUGGUUCUGAGCGACUGGAGGCGGUGGCCCACGGUCAUAACAGACGCGGAUACAGACCAAUCAGAAUAUUCAACCAACGUCCAUAUUCUACAGCCGACCAAUCAGCUUCGGCGUUACUAUGACGCAGGCUGUUGGUCCCGCCCCCGCUGUGGCCGUACAUUCACAAGAAGAUCUACGAAACAUCAAGCUGCAACACGGAAGGUCCUGACUGCCACAGAACGAUAUAAACAGAAAAUGGCGGAGCCGGACAAAUUAAACAUCGACUCCAUAAUUCAACGCCUCUUGGAAGUGAAGCUGGGACAUUGCAAAAGUCAAAGCCCUAACGUGCACGUGAGGCUGUCACUGCUGUACGUGCACGUGAGUCUGUCGCUGCUGCACGUGAGUCUGUCGCUGCUGUACGUGCACGUGAGUCUGUCGCUGCUGUACGUGCACGUGAGUCUGUCGCUGCUGCACGUGCACGUGAGUCUGUCGCUGCUGCACGUGCACGUGAGUCUGUCGCUGCUGCACGUGCACGUGAGUCUGUCGCUGCUGCACGUGCACGUGAGUCUGUCGCUGCUGCACGUGCACGUGAGUCUGUCGCUGCUGCACGUGCACGUGAGUCUGUCGCUGCUGUACGUGCACGUGAGUCUGUCGCUGCUGUACGUGCACGUGAGUCUGUCGCUGCUGUACGUGCACGUGAGUCUGUCGCUGCUGCACGUGCACGUGAGUCUGUCGCUGCUGCACGUGCACGUGAGUUCGUGA